AUGAACUCCUUUGCUAUUCUUUUGGCUUUUGCCAUGCUCUUCUCUGUCACUCUCGCUGGACCAGGAAACCGAUAUGGAUGGCCAAGCUCUUAUGAGAGAUUCCUUGAGAGACAAGGCGUCUGGGACUACAAGAACCACAACGUGAGAUCCGAUUAUGGACGUCGUGGAGGAUACGAACGUGACUUGAACAAUCUUUUCGACGACUGGAAGAGACAAACACGUUGGGGACAAAGCGACUACAGAUCCAAUAGAUUCAACCAACCGACCGGAGGAUACGGACGCUACGGAUUCCCAGGAGGAAAAUAA